CAACUCUUCCUCUAGACUAGGGCCACGCCUAGAACACCUUAAACCAGCCAACGCCGACAGCUGAGACAGAGUUCCCUUUUCUUUUCAACAUGACAAUCGCCAACUUCGUGCCGCAGCAGAUUGCGGGCUUCAUGCCUCGACGAAACAUUCUCAUCCCGACGCUGUGCAUCGUCAGUCUCUUUGCGGUAUGGUGUUUUAGGAUACCGUCCACGUCAUUCGAUUGGAGCGGUUCGAAAGGGGGCGCACAGGUCUCGACACUUCACCCACCAUCCACCCUUGGCGAUAUCGACCUAUCCGACCCAGAUGCGCCCUUCGUCGGCUGGCCACUGCGCCGAGUCUGCGACGAGACAACAUGGGUAGAGGGGCUGGUUUACAUUUGCGAUAACAACUCGGGCGGUGUGGGAAACAUCAGAAACUACAUCCAGACAUGUUUGCGAUAUGCGAUCGAGGCUGGCGCCACCGGGCUCAUCGUGCCCAAAAUCCGCAAGCGGUCUGAGAAGGAUCUGGCCGAUCUCUUCACAUCGUAUCUCCCACUAUCGUACAUGUUCGACGAGCAGCAUUUCAGGAAUGCCUUCACGACCUACUGUCCACAGAUGACGCUUUACAAUAAUGUGACUGAUGUGCCCAACAUCCCCCUGACUAUCGAGCGCAAGCCUCGCAUCGAGGAGAUCGCGCCGAAGGACUAUGGCAACCGUAAGGGGUGCGACUGGAAAGACCAGAACCGCCAUACUGACCGCUUCGGUGACACGUUCCGUCACUGGUUGAGGAACGAGACCAAUGGCAUCCCUCCAUCCAAAGAGCACCCGCGGCUGAUCAGAUUCAAAUGGGGUGUCCUGUGGGACUGGCAGAUUUGGAGAGAUGGGCCUGAGUUUGCAACGACAUUUGGCAGUGUGUUAAAGUUCAACAAAGAGCUGCUUUAUCUCGGCAACACGGCACUCAAGAAUAUGCACAGCUUUGCAAAGGGCCAAGGUGCCCAGAAAGGCGAGUUUCUAGGAGUUCAUCUGCGUACUGAGAACGACGCGAUGAACUUUUGGCCGGUGUACAACACGCAGGCUCGCGGCUUCCUACGCAAGGCCCAGGAAGGAAACUACAGGUCGGCAUACCUGGCAACGGGCAACAUGACGGAAGCGAAGAAGUUCGAGAAGCAAGCAUUGGACAUUUCCAACACGAAGGUGCUGACGAAGCGGGAUCUUUUGAGCGGCAAGGAUCUCGAGGCACUCAAUGCGUUGACCUGGGAUCAACAAGGCCUAGUGGACUUUGUUGUGCUCUUGGGCAGUACGUACUUUGUGGGCGCCAUGCCCAGCAGUUUCUCUGUCUACAUGACCAUCAAGAGACACCUGAAGACCGGGGGUCUGUACACGAGACCGUACAAAGCGGGAACAGAGGGAGAUGGCUACAGCUAUUUAGUGGGCAAAUAUGACCAGUACUGGGAGGAUUGGCUGUUCAUGUUUGAUGGCAUGUGGCCAUGAGCUGUACCGAGCGUAUGCGGUGGUUGUUCCCAGAAAAGAAAGGUUGUAUGUAAUACCACGAGCUCGAAUUUCAUCUACUGGCGUGGCGUUCUGGGGAGAAGGGAAUACUGUAGCAUUUACGAGGACCAUUCCAAGGACGGGGAACUUGGGGGCAUACCGACAAAUGGGUGCAAUAUAGAUCAUAGAGGCCAAUUCACCCAGGUCCCGAUAUAUAAUUAUAGAGUCUUGCAAAACAAUACAUGGAUUGCCCGGUGA